CCAAUCGCCAUCAGCAUAUAAGAACGGCAUGUAUGAGGAAGUUUAAAACUCAUUACUCAUACGGCAUUACUUCCAACAUCAAACAAAUCCCGACCUCCAACUCUCCCGCAAAACCCGUCAGCAAUGGAGCAUAAGUACAGAAGAAAUGACACUGCUGAGAAAUUUGAAAAUCUCUGCCUACCAAGAGCGCAUGAGAAAUUCAAGCAGAAAGGCCGGGUAUCGUCAAACAAAUUUCGUGAAGCCAUUCGGUUUCACCAAGAAUCGGUAGAUUCUUUGUGCGAAUUUGGUGCGGUUGCUAGGAGGAGGAUUUUUUCGAAGCUGAUGGAAUAUGAAGUCAUUAAGUGUGCCCGCCUUGGUUACAGGAUGUCGCGUUUCUCCAAGUUGAUAGAAUAUGAAGUUGUUAGGUUCGUUCGGUCUGGUAUGUGUAUAUUCCCAGCGGCCGCCCGGGUAACGCGAAAUAGUAUCGACGUUGCUGUGGGUUCCACAAGGCGGUUGUCUCGAUACGAAAGUAGUAUCGAUGAGGCAAUGGAGCUUCCGGGGCGGCUGCUUCGAUACGAAAGUAGUAUCGACGGGCACAUGGAUUUCAGUUGUCCAUUGGACAAGUAUCUGAAUACGAAAGUAGUAUCGGCGAGGCUAUGGUUUUCCAUAGGAAGGUUGUCUCGAUGUGAAGACCGCAUGGACAUGGAUGGGUGUCUCCAUGGGAUGCCUGUCUCACUAUGAAGGUGCUAUCGAUUUAGCUACGAUGAAUUGGCGAUGUUCCAUUCGGUGCGCCAUUAUUGCUGAAGUGUCUCGUGACCGCCAUGAUUC